UGUGGUCACCACAUCUACGCCUCUAUUUAAGGAACGAAACAGGUGGACUUCAACAAAUCUGGCUGUCGCCUGAUGAAGCUAGUUGUAAUUACUGGCGAAACGUCGUACUCAGAUUGUAAAUGUUGUGGCUUGGCUCUCCAACACACCGGUGAUGCUGUACUAGUGACGAAUUGGCACGUUCUGUUUACGUGACUACCCUUACUAGUUGGCUGUGUCGGGUGGUGGCGGGUUUUAACGACACAUUUUUAUUUACGCGAUCUAACCCAAAACAACCUCUUAUGGAUGAUAAGUGUAUGUUAAUAGCUUCAAAAGUCAACGAGUCUUCACUCGUUCGCCAUCGUUGUCAACGCGUGCCUGGAAUCUUCUCCAGGUGGUCUCCUAAGCCCGGAGGCAGACUUCUUGUGGUAUUGUUGCAAAUUGUCAGAAGCGUUAACAUCUUUUUGAAGCACCCGAUAUUACAACAACAAAGAAUGAUACUCUUUGGUUCUUUCGGUAAAGUCACGUGAGUAUAAAAUAACAUCACUAGCCCCGGCCACUUCUUUAUGACCAUUGGGCUACACCCAUUUAAAACCUUUUAGAACAGUCUGCUUCAGCAACAGACCGUGCUUUCCCACCUGAUGACGGACGCUUGUGUUGCGCCCGAAAGGUGAUUUAUUUUAUUUUCUACCUACGUGACUUUACCGAAAAAAACAAAUGGUAUGGAUUCCUGCAGUCACGAAAGCUUCAAAUCAACAAAGAAUGAAUAUUCACCACUGGUGCAUCGUGCCAUCCCUCCUUUUUGCCACCCGCCAACGUUUCGCUGCUCUGCCCACGACAAGGUGUGAAAGUGUCUGUUUAAGUACAACAUCAGGAAUUGUCACUCGAUUAGCUUGGAAAUCUCUAAGGCGGCAGUGGAAGGCGUGCAUCACGUGUACGUGCCUACAAUGGAGCUGGCCACAACAGACGUGUGAAUGGGCACACAAUGUGUUCAUUCGGUCACCGUAAUGGUCGCAAUUUAAAGCUUCCAGAGAUAAUUGCUCAAUCAUCGCGGGCCGUUUACUGUGCGUGUUCGCGUGCAGCGCGUUCAAACAAAUUCCCUUUAUCGGGCUUCGCCGCAUUUUAUAUGCACGUUGUGACGGACAGCUAAACCUCACUCUACACAAUUCUAUUUACGAAAGCGAGCAUGUGUUUGUUGAGUAUUCGUGCAAUCUAAUUAGUGAAGAUCCCUUUAAUUUCAGGUGCUGUAUGCACGUAAAUAAAUGUCAUAAUCUCGAGAUGACAUAUUGGCUUUUAAUACGUUUCUCUGAAACAGCGUCAAUAAUAAUGUAUACAGGGAACUUGUGAUAGGUGUGCCUCUUGUGUUUCCAACUUGUCAUGAGUUGACUGGUCAUUGCUUGCCCAAUCUGCCACUUAUGGCAACAGACAAAGCCAAUCAACGACACUUACUGCAGAGUUCACGAGAUUCAUUUGAUGCUACUGUUGCGUCCACAUUUGAGACACGUUUUAUCAUGAUGAUUUUUUUUUUAUUACGAAUUUGUUUUACGCAAAUUCCCACGCGGUCUCGCGCAUGCCCCCGCCAGGGCUGCAUUUCUCGCUCAAUAUUUCCCAGGUCGCUGGUUGGACUGACGAUAGAAGGGGGCACGUGGUGUGGCAGCCACAGCGUUUGACGAGAGAGGGUUGGCUUCUCUGUUAACGGCAGUUGCUGAGCGCAAAGGGGCCCAGAACGCCACCGCGGCCAGCGACAAACAGCACUGUUGCAGGUGUGACAAAUAGGAGCUGAUGCGUCAUUCGUUGACUUGAGCGAGCCUAAAUUUCGAUUUAAAGCUUUCGUGACUGCAGGGAUUCAUCUUCUUGGUUCUUUCGGUAAAGUCACGUAGAAGGGAAAUAAUAAAAUAAUAAAAAUAAAACAUUAUAAAAUCAUUCUCACGACGUUUCGGCCACAACGCAAGCAGCCGUCCUCAGGUGAAGAACAGGUCUGAAACGAAACCCCUGGGUCCCCCCUGCCUGGAAUGAUUUGUGUCCUCCUGAGCGAGUCUCAACCAAAUGUGAGCAAAUACCUUGCUGGCGAAGCCUGAUUGCAAGAGGCUGGUCUCUGGUUUGACGGCGUUUUUAAUCACACGGAGUAGCAGUAAUAACAACAACUUGCUAUAGCGCGCCAUAACACGGGCCGAGUCUCGUUCGAAGGGCGCCGAACAGAACGACGUGAACAUGAAACAUUCGUCGCGAGUUCGUCACAAAGAGGCGGCUGCAUCGCUUGCGCGCUAGCGACGAGGCGAGUGGAGUUUUUUUUGGAGCGAGUGUUUGAAUGAGGUCAGGGACUCACCAACUCGGACUGCUCCACCCACGUGGGCUGUGGUCACCACUAAGUGGUGGUGACCACCACGGCGCUUGUGCCAGGCUAUGUGCACUUUAAGGCCGCGUAAAAGUGUCGAAGGCUCGCUGGCAGGUCACGGGACAGACCCAGGUGCCAUGGGUUGGCUGACCGAGAUGACUGGCCAGAUGCAGACCUGUGCCCCCUAAUUGAAAUCCCCACACAUGCACAUGGACGUUACACUGUGGUUUAGAUCACUACUAAACAGCGCAACAAACGGGACUUGAAGAGUUUCUGCUGUGUGCUAAGAGUGACCAACAUCCGUGGUGGUGCACAACUUACGUGCUCUUGAGAAGGGCCAUUACCCGAAACGUCGCCUAUUAUAGAUAUUUUUUCUUUUCUUUUUUAACAUGGCCACGUUGUUGUUCACGAAUGUGGUGGCCGGGUGGCUCGGAGAUUAGAGCCCAGAGCCCACUCCUUUUAGAUGCUGGGUUCGAAUUCUCGGUUGCAGCUGCCUGCGAUUUAAACAGCGUUCUCAAGCGCAGAGAGCCGACGGGGUCAGGCUUUACCACUCGUCACCGGAUGCAAACAAAGCAUAAUAAUUUGUCUAUAGAUUAAUGUUCAUCUGCAUUUGGCUAAACUCCAGCGUGAAGAAUUAAACUGUCAUCGCCACGAACAGUCUCUGCAAGCAGCGCAGAUUAAUUACGAGAUCACUGCUUCUCAGAAGCGUUUCUGUGACAUAAAACACACGGGGUGAUGCAGUGCUGGCUAUGAGAGACCCAAAUGGACAGUGUGUCUCGUGGCGUGGCACCCAUUGCACAAACAUUGGGCAGAGAACAACAGCAAUUGAAAUAAAUGCGUGUCUUUGGAUAAAAGGUAAUGGUGUACUUCUUGCAUCAGUGUUCGAGCUAGUGCAAGGUCUCUCUCUCUCUUCGGGCUGUUACCACGUGUUGUUGUUCGGCAUGAGGUCCCACGAUUCUCUCCGCAAGCUGGGAGAUGCAGUUCCUGAAGAAGCUUACAGGACAUGGAGCGAAACGUCAGACCUCAUCCCAAACAACACGCGAACGAGCUGCCGGACAGAAGAUCUCGUAGAGCCACUUCUGCACAGCACGCGGCGCGACGGACGACCUCGAAACACCGUCGGGGAAGAGCUGUCAACGCUGCGCUCUGGUGGGAGAAGCCUCGUGCUCACUGGUGGCAGUCUCUGUGAGUGUAGCCCGGCCCCGCGAUGCCUCCGUACGGACGCUGCAGGUGCGGCCCGUUCCCCCGGCUGGGGAUGUUGUACGCGUGGUGGAAGACGCCGACGCCCCGUGGCCCGCCCGGGGCCUCAGCCGUCCCGGCAGCGCGGGGGGCCGCACGGACGCGGCCGGCGCCUUCCAAGGGCACCUUCACCGACAGGUCCGGGGCCUGCAGGGAGCGGAGUGAGAGGGAACGCCGGGGUUGAGAUCACGACGAGGGACCGCACCCCGUGCUGUAGGAUGUGUUCGCGGGUUGUCCUGUGCGCCUCUCCGAUUCGUCGGGUGCCGCGGUGGCGAGAUGUUAACUCUCUCGCCUGGUGUACAGGAGGUCGUGGGUUUGAACUCAAUCCUGACGCCUGUAUGUUUGGAGUUUGCGUGUUCUCCCUGUGGUCACGUGGAUUUUUCUCCAGGUCCUUCGGUUUUUCCCUCCGCAUUUAGAAUCAAUAUCACGCGUUUAUAGCAUUUGGCUGCGAUACAUUUCCACGUGAUAAGCCACUUCGUUGAGCUAUCAUUUGGAUUACGUGGUGUGCCUUCUGCUCUCGUGGACAUUAAUUCCAGGUUGACGACCAAUACAGACCCGGCUGAAACUAAACCCCUGGGUCCCUGCCUGGUUGAAAUAACGAAUAGUUUCGUUGAAUUGUCGAGUUGUGAUCGCGUGGUUGUUCGGACAUCGUUUGCCGAGGAACCACGCACGUGGCACAGACCUGGAAGCACAUCGGAGAGCUGCGAGGAAUUGCCGUGUUGUUCCCAAAAAAUGUCAUCGCCGUUAUGCGACUGGUGUCGCGUGUGAGACAGCGAAAGGGGGCCGCCUUUUUCCCACAAAAAGUGUAUUGGAGUUGAGCUCUCGGGCGCCGCAUCGCGCGGUUGCUAUGAGCUGAAGUGGCCGCUAAGAUGGGUCUCGUAGCUCGGAGUGGCUGUGGAAAUGUCACAGCAUCACUGCUGAGAUUCCUUCCACCAGAGGGCACUUUUUCCCCAUGUGGCCUGUCACAGACGCCUCGCAGCAGUCCACAGUUAUUGUUUCAUAUUGUUAGGAACCACCUGGUUCCACCAGCCCA